AUGGAGGCUUUCCUUGAGGUGGCUGAGGGUAUAAUGCUGAAGAGCGGCAACCUCCCUAUGAAGACACGUUGGGCUCGUCCGCAGCAGCUUGCUGCUGAGUCUGCUGCUGCUGCUGCAGCAGCAGCAGCAGCAGCAGCUCCAGCAGCAGGAGCAGGAGAUGCUGCGGAGAAGUUUUUGCAGAAGGUAUCUACACGGAGGCAGCAGCAGCAGCUGCUGCGACAGCGAGCGAAAGAAGAUGCAGAAGUAGCAGCAGUUAUUGCAAGCGUUCCGUAUAAAGAGAAUAUACCCAUUAAAACAAUCGAAGCAGAAAGAAAAAACAAACUUCUUGCUCUCGGAUUUGAAGAAAGCACAGAGCCAGCGACACCGUGGAGGCUCCACAUACACCCCACAACUGAAGAAGAAAAUACACCCGAUCUAUGGGCGGCCGUCAUGCAAAAAGAAAUGAAAACCUGGCCGGAGGGCUUGGUGGUGGAUGGUUUGUUAACUCGCGAAGACUGCACGACGUUUGGCUUUGAUGAAAAGCGAAGAGAAUUCGUAAAAUUGUUAGAUCGAUGUGUACGUACACCCAACGCUAUCUUCUUUGCUGCUGCUGCACUGCACCAGCAGCAGCAGCACAAACAGCAACAGCAGCAGCAACAGCAGCAACAGCAGCAACAGCAAGAGCAGUUGCUGCUGCUGCUGCGCAGCGAUUUCAUUCUUUUAUUCACUCUCUCUUCUAGCACUUCGGACUGCAUCUCGGAAGAAGAAGCAGAGAGAGGCAGCGGAGUGUCUUUGGGAACUGUUAUUUUCUUUUUAAUGAUUUUCGUUCGCUGGUAUUCGAGUUGA